AUGAACCAUUGCGCCUCACUGCCACACAUAUCGCUAUCUCUGCUAGAUACCAAGUGCAACUGUGCAAGUGCAAGUCCAAGUUCAGAGAGAGAGAGAUCGAGCUAGCCUGACUAAACUUGAAAAUAUUGCAUUUGCGUCUUUGAUCUUAGCUAUAGCUUGCUGCUGCUGCUGCUGAUAGUUUAGCUUGAGAGAGCUAGCGGCAAGAGCAAAGAUGGUUGGGGCCGUGCAGGAAGGGAUAGUGCGUGAGAUGAACGGAGGAUUCGAGGUUAUGAGCGGGUAUGACAGGUCGUCCAUGGCGCCGAAGCAGCAGCAGAGGGAGGAGGAGAGCAAGUGGUACGAGGAGGAGAUCGACGACGACCUCAAGCUCUGCUACGCUCUCAACAGUGUGUUGCACCGGGGAGCAAGCAAGUACCAGGAGAUCGCUCUCAUUGAUACAAAGCAUUUUGGCAAGGCUCUAAUAAUCGAUGGGAAGAUGCAGAGUACAGAGGUGGACGAGUUCAUCUACCAUGAGUCCCUCAUACACCCUCCCCUCCUCUUCCAUCCCAACCCAAAGACGGUGUUCAUCAUGGGAGGCGGCGAGGGUUCCGCGGCGAGGGAGGUGCUCCGGCACAACACCGUCCACAGGGUCGUCAUGUGCGACAUCGACCAGGAGGUGGUGGACUUCUGCCGGACGUACCUGACCGUCAACUGGGACGCCUUCGCCAGCGACAAGCUCUGCCUCAUCAUCAACGACGCCAGGGCGGAGCUGGAGAAGAGUAGGGAGAAGUUCGACGUGAUAGUGGGAGACUUGGCUGACCCAGUGGAGGGGGGCCCCUGCUACCAGCUCUACACCAAGUCAUUCUACCAACACAUCGUCAAGCCCAAGCUCAACGACCGCGGCGUCUUCGUCACCCAGGCAGGGCCAGCCGGCGUUCUGACCCACAAGGAGGUCUUCUCCUCCAUCUACAACACCCUCAGGCAUGUCUUCAAGUAUGUCAAAGCAUACACUGCUCAUGUGCCAUCCUUUGCUGACACCUGGGGCUGGGUCAUGGCAUCAGAUUAUCCAUUUAGCAUGAAUGCUCAGCAAAUCAAUGAGAGGAUCAAGGAGAGGAUAGAUGGGGAGCUGGUGUACUUGAGUGGGGAGUCCCUCAUUUCCUCUACCAUAUUGAACAAGAGCGUUUACCAGUCGCUGUUGAAUGAGACGCAUGUGUACACCGAGGAUGAUGCAAGGUUCAUCUACGGACAUGGAAGGGCACGUUGUGCUUGAAUCCCAUAUCUUACACGCAUAAACACCUGAGCAAAAUGGUGAUAAAUUAGUAGCUAUUUUCCAACUUAAGAGGUCGAGAUGCACAAGUGUGGAUAGCAAGUCUGAAAUUGAUCAGUUAGCUACUAGAUCUCCAGAUCAACCGAUCGAGAACAGAAAAAAGAACAAGUGAUCGAUGCAACUUUGUGAAGAACUUUUUUCGCCUUUGUUUUCCUACGUGAGGCGAGGAAAGAACUGAAAAAGAACUAGAAUGGAAUAAAAACUAUAUAAUGCUCUCCAUGCAUGUGCAUGUUUCA